AUGGCCGCAGUGCCAAUCACUAACACUCUCUUUCCCCCUCCUCCGGGGUACUACAAGGCGUUCACUCCCGAGGCUGUGGAACAGCAUGCGGCGCUAGGUGACGAGGAGGUGGCGCGCGACCCCGAGCUCGCGGCCCUCGAACCGCCUCGUGCCGACUGGGUGCUCGAGGAGGGGCAGUGGAUGCUCUUUGGGCAGAAGUAUACUGCCGAGCCGCACAUCCCCACUGCGAAAGAUAUUGGCCUCCCGGCGCUCGUGUCCGACCCCGUCUCUGCCGGCGGAGAUUCUGAGCGUGCGGCACUCCCCCUCCUGCUCAACUCGUUCCUGCACACCCUCCUCGCCUUCGUCGACGUCCUGACCGGCACCAGCCGCGUGCCGGACGAGCUCGAGGUUUAUGGAAGGCAGAGCCAGGGCGACCAGUACAUCCAGCACCUGUCGAACUUGGCCGCGACGAUGAUGGUGUCGGCCAACCAGCUGCGGGGCGUGCAGGCCGAGGCGACCCUCGUCAUGCUCAUGGAGAAGCAGCUUGAGGAGCGGCGCGCGCAGACUGAGCGACUCCGGACCAAGAGCCGCGAGAUUGCUGCCAUGGUCCGGAGGCUGAAGGAGAGCGCGUCUGAGGCGGGCGAGAGCAAGGCCAAGAGCCAGAGUCAGGGACUGAGCUCGAAGCAGUCGCCUGAAGUCAACGGCGGCGGGGACCAAGAUGGCGACGUGACCAUGGGCGAGGCAUAA